ACAUCCCUCUCUCUCUCUCCAAAAAGAUACACAAAUAUAUGCAGAGAAAGAAAAGUAAUUCCAUGUGUUGGUAGAUGAUUUUAUGUGCUUGUUCUUACAUGCAUACCUAUAAUUAGAUUUCCUUGUUUUAUCAAGAAAAAGGCAUUGAUAAAAUUAUGGUGAAUUAGUGUCUGUGCAGACAGGUUUCCUUCAUCUCUCUCUCUAGAAAAAUUAAGGUUGUCUUCUGCUGUAAAUCCAAGUGAAGCAAGAAGAACAAGCCAUCAUCCAGAGAAGACUGUCACCAUUUUUCACCUACUUUACUGCCUUUUCUAGUAUAUUGGAGGUAUGGAAGAAAAUAUGUCAAAUUUGACAUGUGUAGCAAGCUUAUCUUCAAACAGCAGCAAUCUCACUCAACAGCCAACCAAGAAAAGGAGAAAUCAACCAGGCCAUCCAGAGCCUGGAGCAGAAGUUAUAGCUCUAUCACCAAGAAGCCUUAUGGCAACAAACAGAUUUGUGUGUGAUGUAUGCAACAAAGGUUUCAAGAGAGACCAAAACCUGCAGCUUCACAGGAGAGGCCACAAUCUUCCAUGGAAGCUGAAGCAGAAAUCGAAGAAAGAAGCUGGAAGGAAAGUGUAUAUCUGCCCGGAAAUUGGGUGCGUUCAUCACGAUCCGUCGAGGGCGUUGGGCGACCUGACCGGAAUCAAGAAGCAUUUCUACAGAAAACACGGCGAGAAGAAGUGGAAGUGCGAGAAGUGCUCCAAGAAAUACGCGGUUCAGUCCGAUUGGAAAGCGCAUUCCAAAAUAUGCGGCACGCGAGAGUAUAGAUGCGAAUGCGGAACCCUCUUCUCCAGGAGAGAUAGUUUUGUGACACAUAGAGCCUUUUGCGACGCGCUGUCGCAAGAGGCUGGUGGAUCCAAUCCUCUAUCCAUCAACAUAAACAAGCAAGAAAUCCCGGCAUGGCUAUCUUCUAUAAAUCCGAGCAGUAGCAUUUGGCCCAGUGGCUACCACCACCAGCUGCCCUCGCACUUCUCAGCCACCGCAUUGCUACAAAAAGAUGCGCAAAUGGGAGCAAAAUCCAGCUCCCAACAAUUCCCAUCCCCAUUCACAACACCACACCAAGCAGGUCACGUGACCCCUAUCCCGACAGAGGGUUUUGGGGCGACACGUGACCAGCUCGUCCACAGCUUGGCUUCAUACGAAGAUAAAGCCGCCUCCACCGCUCCUCUAGCUCAUGAUCAGAUGAUGAUGAUGAUGAUGAACAAGAACAAUGCUGCUGGCUUUCAUCAAGGAAGCGAUGAUCAUGUAUUCGCGGGCGGGUUCAAUGGCACGAGGGAUUUCUUAGGACUAAGGCCAUUGUCGCAAAAUGACAUUCUAAGCCUAACUGGUUUUGACAGCUGCAUCAAUAGUAAUUCUUGUGAUCAAAACCCGAAAUAUUGGUAAGGUAACAUGUUGGUGCGGUCUAGUUCGUGUUCGACCCAACUGUCGAGGAGUCGGGCCGACCUGUUUCGUCACGGAUUGAUAGUAGCUAUAUAUGUCCUACUAUGGCCCUCCAAUGCUCAAGUCUAUUUUUGUUCAAUGCAUAAGUGUUUUUGGGGCUCA